GUGGAUUUUGCAUCAUAUUAGUUUCGUUUAUGUGUCGGGCUUGUGCUUCCUUGAAACUCCCACAGCCUUCUCCAAAGCCGGCUUCAGAGUUUUUGAAGUGUAGUUAAACAUUGAUGCAGUCACUCAUCAUGAAGAGCUCAAAGGAAGCCGUGCAGACCGCAGCCAAGGAGUUCCUGCAGUUCGUUAACCGGGGAGUGUCCCCCUAUCACGUGGUGGAGGAGUGCAAGGCUCGUCUGCUGAAGGCCGGCUACACCGAGCUCAAGGAGGCAGAGCACUGGGACAUCCAGCCCUCCAACAAAUACUUCGUGACCCGGAACUACUCCUCCAUCAUCGCCUUUGCGGUGGGCGGCCUCUACAAGCCUGGCAAUGGCUUCUCCAUGGUGGGGGCACACACAGACAGCCCCUGCCUGAGGGUGAAGCCGCGCUCUAAGAAGACUCGUAUGGGCUGUCUGCAGGUCGGGGUGGAGUGUUACGGCGGCGGAAUCUGGAACACCUGGUUCGACCGUGACCUCACCAUCGCCGGACGAGUCAUGGUCAAGAGUGGCGGUAAGCUGACUCAUCACCUGGUUCACGUGCCCCGCCCUCUCCUGAGGAUUCCACACCUGGCCAUCCACCUGCAGAGGGACAUCAACGACUCCUUCGGCCCCAACAAGGAGAACCACCUAGUGCCUCUCCUGGCCACAGCCAUUCAGGAGGAGCUGGAGACCGGAUGCUGCUCGACUGGCGAUGCCUGCAAUGCCAUGACAACAGCGGAGAAGCACCACCCUGCUCUGAUCCGUCUGCUGUGUGGGGAGUUGGGGGUGGAACCGGACACCGUGCUGGACUUUGAGCUCUGCCUGGCCGACACGCAGCCUGGGGCCAUCGGAGGUGUGUAUGAGGAGUUCAUCUUCUCUCCUCGGCUGGAUAACCUGCACAGCUGCUACUGUGCUCUGACGGCCCUGAUUGAGACCAGUGCCCCUGAGUCUCUGGGCAAAGACCCCAACAUCCGUUUGGUGGCCCUUUAUGAUAACGAAGAGGUGGGGUCGGAGAGCGCUCAGGGCGCCCAGUCCAACCUGACGGAGCUGAUCCUGAGGCGGCUGGCCGACACGUCCGGCAACCUGACGGCGUUCCAGCAGGCCGCCGCCCUCUCCUACAUGAUCAGCGCCGACAUGGCGCACGCCAUGCACCCCAACUACCAAGAGAAGCAUGAUGAGAACCACAGACCAGCUUUCCACAAGGGACCGGUGAUCAAGUUCAACAGUAACCAGCGUUACGCCACCACUGCUGUCACCGCCUCCAUCCUCAGGGAGAUCGCUGGGAAGGUCGGCGUGCCUCUGCAGGAUGUGAUGGUGAGGAACGACAGUCCCUGCGGAACCACCAUCGGCCCGAUCCUCUCGUCCCGGCUCGGAAUUCCAGUGCUGGACCUCGGAGCUCCACAGCUGGCUAUGCACUCCAUCAGAGAGAUGUGCUGCACAACUGGAGUACUGCAGACCACCACCCUGCUCAAGGCGUUCUUUGAGCUGUACCCGUCUGUGAGGAGCCAGGUGUUUGUGGACUAGACGAGGCGUGGGAGGAGUCCUGGAGCCGAUGGACAGAUGAACCAACCAAUCAGACAGCAGGACCGACCGACUGACCCAGACGGACAUCUACGGAGAAUCUGUUCUGUCUCUGGUCUUCCAGAAUGCACUUCACCUGUUUACACAAACACACACACACACACACACACACACACACACACACACACACACUGACGGACAUCUACGGAGAAUCUGUUCUGUGUCUGGUCCUCCAGAUGCACUUCACCUGUUUACACACACACACACACACACACACACACACACACACACACACACACACACACACACACACACACACACACACACACACACUGACGGACAUCUACGGAGAAUCUGUUCUGUGUCUGGUCUUCCAGAUGCACUUCACCUGUUUAAAGUGGGCAGACUGCUGUGUGUUUUCUGAAGCACUUUUAAAGCCAUGUACUCUUCCCCAGACGGGCAUAUUAAAUUGCUUCUUUGCAA